GGCACCGACAGCAGCUCACUUAGCCCAGCGGCAACUCGAGGCACAGCUGAAGGCCCAAGGCGUCAUGGCUGAUUCGCCGCAGCGGGCAGGAGGGCCUUUCAGUCCGUCGGAAUCAGAGGUUGGGUCUGUGGCGAGCAGCGCCGCACGUUCACCCACCAAGCCCUCGGCCUCGUCUUCGCAAGCGUACAAUGCCGCCAGGCGACUGGGAGCGAUGCAAGGCCUCGCGGGGAUGAGCUCCACCAAUCUGGCGCUUGGCGCAGUCGGCGAGUCGAGUACCAGCUCAAAUUUGACUGGCUACAAUGCCAUCUCGACGUUGCUCAACAACCCGAACAAGCCACCGCGGCCCAUCGACCCGUCCUCUUCACGAUAUCCGCCCAUCUCGCAGUCUCACACAGAUAUACCAAAGGUCAAGAAAGCCGAGUUGCAAGGCUAUCUGACCAGCGUCAAGAACGAGUGGGAUCGGUACCAACGAAACCAGAAGCUAGGUCGGAGGGGCAGAGCGAAGCUCGAGAGCGAAGCGGCAGCCGCCGCUGCUGCUGCUGCUGCAGAUGGACAUGCCGAUGCAGAGACGGAGGUGUCUUCCAACCAGAGAGGUGACGGUGAAGAACCGGGGCUAGACGACGAAGUGCGAGCGGCGUUUGGCAAGCGAAAGCUGCCUCCCCUGAGCACCGUACCGCAAGUCUUCUUUUCCGAGGACUUUGAUCUGGGGAACCCGUACACCUUCGAUCUGGUUACGGAGAGAUACAAGGCGGCCAAUUCGGCGGGUGAUGGGUCUGCGGUGCGAAAAGGCGCAUCGACGCUGGCAGGCUACGAUGUCGCUCUCAAUCAGAUGCUUCAAGAGAAAUUGUCGUACUAUAGCGACGUCGUCGAGCAGCACCUCAUCCUCGAGAUCUCCGCAAGAUCCUCGUCAUUCUUCGCGGAGCUCGGAAACUUGCAGGACCUUGAGGCCGAGGCGAGCAGUUGCUUGGAGAAGGUCCAAUCCCUGACGAGGGAGCUGGUGGACAAGGACGAGAACGUUGCCAAGGCUGGGUUGCGUGUCAUCAAAGAGCAGGCGAGACGGAGGGAAAUGAGCGAAAGGCUCGCCGUCGUGGGUCUGGUAGGCAUGCUCUGCGAAAGGAGAGACCUUUGCAGGCUCUUGUCCCAAAGCGGCGACUGGAACGAGGCUCUCGAUGUCAUGGAGGAUCUCGUCGCCGUCAUUGAGGGUCGGAUCAAACUCGACCCGAGCGCUACUGGUCCGGACGGCGAAGCUGCUGGAUCUUCACUCCCAUCACAUGUCGACAUGGACUUCGCUUCCGUUCCUUCGGUAACGGCGAUGAAGCCACAGCUCCAAGAGAUGAGAGACGCGAUCGCUGCUCAGCUCGAGGUCGAGAUCUUGACCGUCCUUUCGGCGGAUUUGAGGGAACGCAUUGAGACAAGAGGCGAAACAGUCAUCGGUCCGUCAGCUCAGGUUCUGGAGAGCGUCAAGUCGGACGCCGUCAAGGACGGAGCAACGGUGGCAGAGGAGCCCAAAGAGGACGGCAAACCCCACUCGACGGCGGCAGAUGAUGAGCUGCGCCUCCGAUUGGCGACGCCUCUCAGGGGCCUUGUUCGGACGGCUGGAGUCGAAAAAAUGUGCACGGCCUACCGCGACGUUGUCAUUCGGGCGGUACGCACGACGAUGAGGUCUUGCCUGUGCAAUGCAUCGGCUUCUGUUUCAGCAUUUCCCGCGGAUCAAUCACGAGGCACAGUGGAAGAUCUGGCUACGCUCAUCGAUGACGAUGAAGCUGCCUCGGGUCGAUCAGAUGCCAAAUUGGGACCUGGCGGCGCCGAAGCGGCUGCCAAAUGGCGCGACGCUGGGAAUAAGGUCUUCCUCGAAAUAGCCACGCAUGUGUUCAACGGCCUCACGACUUGCAUUCAGAACAUCGAGGCGCAGACUCGAGUUGUGCUGCAGAUUCUUGAUGAGAUCGCGCGUGGUAUGCAGACCGAAGAAGCAACUCCGACCAACGGCGCUCCAGAGCUCAGCAUGCCACCCGGCGUUUCACCGUCGCUCCCCACGACCUUUUCAGCUCUCGUCUCUGAUGUAUGUGGCCUGACGCACACGCUGGCCUCCCGUCUCCUCUCCCUGCGAUCCUCGACGCAUGCUGGCCUCGAUCUCACCUCCUUCCUCGCUGUCUUCCAUCUCACAUGGUCUUUCAUCCUUAAAACGGAAGCGACCUGCCAUCGCAUGAUUGUUGGCCUGCGAGGCGUCGUGCUCAAUCAGGCAAAAUCGUGGAUGGCCAAUUUCCACCGCCAAAGAAUCGAAGGGGCCGCAAAAGCCGUGGAGGAGGAAAUGUGGGGCCAGGCGGAGGUGUCUGCAAAACAACAAGAGGAAAUCAGGAUUAUCGUCGAGAGCGCCACAGUCGACCCGCAGGAGCUCCUCAUUCCCAUUGAGGAGAUUCAAAAGCUGAAUUCGCCUUCGAACGGAGAGAACGAGCAGCUGAACGAGGACCAGCAGGAUGGAUUGGCAAAGACGCUCGAGAUCGAAGGCAAACAGUAUUUCGUGGUUGGUGCCAGCCUACAAGUACUCAAGCUUCUGUCCGAGUAUCUCCGCGUGGUCAUCAACCUUCCCCUGCUGACAACAGAGGUCAUGGGUCGGGUUGUCGAGUUCCUCAAACAAUUCAACUCGAGAACCUGUCAGGUCGUCUUGGGCGCUGGAGCCAUGCGAUCAGCAGGACUAAAGAACAUCACGGCAAAACACCUUGCCCUUGCGUCGCAGUCGCUUUCGAUCAUGAUCUCGCUUAUCCCAUACGUCCGCGAAACCGUGCGCAGGCACCUGAGCCCAAAGCAGGCCGUCAUGCUCACUGAGUUCGACAAGCUGCGAAGAGACUAUCAGGAGCACCAGUACGAGAUCCAUUCGAAGCUCAUGGCUAUCAUGAGCGACCGCCUCACUGUUCACUGUCGCGCGCUCUCCAACAUCGAUUUCAACACGCCUUUACCUCCAAGCUCCGCUACGGACGACGGCGAGCCGCUCAAACCCAUCGCCGACCUUGUGAAAGAGACAGCGACGCUUCACAAGGUCUUGUGCAAAUAUCUUCAAUCCAGCGUUGUCGAGCUCGUCAUUGGUCAGGUCCUACAGAGCAUUGACCAACGGAUUGCUUCGGAGUUCGAGAAGAUCGAGGCAUCAAAGGAAGAAGCAAGACAGAGGAUGAAAACGACGAGAGCCUACUUUGACAAAAAAUUCUCUCCAUUGAAGUUUGUCGAGUGGAAGUCUCAGAGCUUAGAGGCCGUCAUCAAAGCGAAAGACGAGGCAGCUGCAGCGGCCGCUGCUGCUGCCGCUACCGCGGCUUCCAAGGCUCAGAGCGCAGGACAAGCAGAAGGUGAACAACAGCAGCAACAGACACCAACGGCGUACAAACCCCGUAUUCCACUUUUCGGCAGAAAGGGGACGUCUCAGACGCUGUCGCAGCAGCAGCAGCAGCAGCAGCAGCAAGCAGAGGUCAACGGAACUGCGGCGAGAGAUUCGAAUGACUCGGCCAGGUCUUCGUCGUUGCACCUUGCAAGGAAAGAAGCAGAGACGCCGCCAAGACCUUCGGUUGAAGUUGUCGCGAUGGAGCCGCCUCCUGCGCCUGCUAAGUCGGAUGCGGGUGAGGAGGGAGAAACUGAAAGCGAUACCCCACCCCCAGUCGUUCCUGAAAAGCAAAAGGAGGAGGAAGAACCUAAGCCGCCUCCGACACCUAGCAAAGAAGAGAACGGCUUCUCCUUUGCUUCGACUCCCGUCGAUUCCGCUGCGCAUUCAGGGGACGAACCAGAGCAACGGCAGAGCAAUGACAGUGCGGCUGCGACCCCUUCGACGCCCACUGCCAAGCCUGAGGCGAACAUCGAUGGGGCUUCGUCUCCUUCCCGUGGCGCCUCUUCACCUGCACCAAUGGAGCAGCCGACAUCACCGAGCAUGACGCCGACAAAAUCGUCAGGUCGCAUGUCGCUGCAGCAGCGACUGGCCGAGGCGGCCAGAAAGAGGGCAGCGCAGCAGACACAGGGCCAUGGAAGCUCACCGGCUCGAGCCUCGACACCUGCUACAGCAGCUGCUUCGGUCGACAAUACCGAGCCAGGUUCGCCGUCGGGUGUGGUGAAUACGACUGCACCAGCGACGGUGGACGCUCCCGAGCGUAUUGAGCCUAUCAAGGAAGAGACCGCCGCAAAUGGGCUCGCAAAGGAAGACUUGGCUGCUGAGGGAAAGUCGAAUGAGCAGAGCGGCCUCACCGAAUCGAACGCGAAAGAGAUCCCAACAAAUGCAGACGAAGAGAACGACGAGACAGCGCAGAAGACGAGCUCAGAUGGAACAGAGACUGCUGCUGCUGCCGCCCCGGAAGUUCCUCCUGCUCCUGUCACUAGUGAGAGUACAGAGACGCAGCAGGGGUUGGGCGCGAAAGUCAAGCAGUACGAUGGAGAGGAAGCGAAGGAGACGGUGACGGACGAAGCGAAGCAAGAGGCUGCCAAAAAAGAGGAAUUGAAUGAGGAGGAGGAACAACAGAAGAAAGAGGGACAAAAGAAAGGGGUCGCGAACGAAGAAGGAGGUGGCCUCAAUGAGUCGACGAAAAACGGGGUGGCCAGCGACACAGACGAGGUGACGCCCGGGGAAGUCAAGGCGGAUCGCCUCGCAGAGGAUGCCAAAGGUGCCGGCAAUGAAGACGGGGCGAAGACCGAAGAGACACUCUAGAGUGUUCUUCAUCCUUUUCGUCUUUUGGCAAGACAGUCACCCAAUUGUAGAUGAGGCCUUCGUUAUUGAAGCCUACGCAAAGAGCACGGGCUCGACGCAAAUGUCCAAUGUCAUAAGAGGAGAGAAGAGGGUGUGCUUGGUAUGGAUAAAUGAAGAAGGUAGCUU